UGUGUGUGCUCCUCCACAGAGGGUGAGAAUGGAAAUGUGAUCGAAAAGGUAAAAGAAGUAACGGAAAUACAAAGGAAGGAAGAGAAAGUCUCGGGUCCUCGCUGUCGGCGCAGGAAUCACACACCAGAAACAUUUUUCGCGCAAACUUGCUGAGAGUUGUCCUUACCGGCGCGCGGACUGAGAGCUCGAGGUGGGAACAAGCGAGAAAAAAAAAAAUCUCCCGCUUCCCUCGCGCUGGCGGCCCGGGAAUCACGCGCCAUUGAAGGGGGGUGAUAUUGUGCAUGCGCUUUGGCUCCACUGCGUGCACGCUCGGGUCGGUCGAUGCGAGCACAGUGGCGUGGCUUUCGGCCUCCAUUUGCCAGUUUGUGUUUAUGUUCGAGGGAUUCAACGAGGCCCCUUUCAGCGGCGACGACGACGACGUGCAACAGUUGGAGGUUUACCGUGAACAAUAUUAUCACGUCGCUCCGGUGGGCCACGAGGGAUUCAACCGACGCUGAAAGGUAUCAAAUGAGGUGGAACGACGACAGCCGCUGGUGAUGCCGGCUACAGACUCUGAACUCGCAUCCAUGGAGGUCCCUCAUGCUGUGGAGGAUGAGAAGGGGAGCUUGACUAACGUCCCCUCCUCAGCUCCUCCUACUACCAUCCCUGCUUCAAUGCCUCCUUUUCCUGCUGCUGUGACUAAUUUCACUGGUGAGACAGUGAUUGAGAACAGAGCAGUCUCUAUGGCAAGUAAUGACUGCAGCUCGGCUCUCUCUUCACCAGCGGAAGCUAGCCCAGCUAAGCCUGUUGUAGCAUCACCUACUAUGUUUGAAGGGACUGCUGAAACAAGCCCAGCUACCUCACAUAUAACAUCAGCGUCAGACUCGUUAAAAUGCACAGGGACAAGUCUUGUCAACGUUUCAGAAUCACAACCGUUGUCGUCCGUGUUGCCAUCUACCACGUUUGGCAGUCCAGACCUGGGAAAUGACAUUUCUGCUGUGCUGACCUUCAAAGGUGUCACUGUCACUCUGGAGAAUAACAGUGUGUGGAGGCAGUUCCACAGCUGUGGAACUGAGAUGAUUCUCACUAAACAGGGGCGCCGCAUGUUCCCUUACUGCCGAUAUCGCCUGGCUGGCCUAGUUCCUGAGCGCAAGUACAGUCUGGUCCUGUCCAUAGUUCCAUCUGACCAGUACAAGUACCGCUGGAACAGAUCCAAAUGGGAGGUCAACGGACCAGCCGAACACCAGACCCAGGGUCUGGUCCGGGCCUUUUCCCACCAUUACUCGCCGUGCAAAGGCUCGGAGUGGAUGGGUGGCUUGGUGUCUUUCUAUAAACUGAAACUGACCAAUAAUUCCCAAGACCAGGACGGACAUAUGAUCCUACUCUCCAUGCAUCGGUACAUUCCCAGGCUACAUGUGAUACCUGUCCCAGAUGGGGUCGUAACCACAUCUGACCAGCCUGUGGUUAUGGGGGCUGAAAGCAUGACCUUUACUUUUCCACAAACUGAAUUUAUGGCUGUGACGACUUAUCAGAACUUUCGGAUCACGCAGCUGAAGAUUAAUCACAACCCGUUUGCAAAAGGCUUUAGGGAGGACGGGAACAACUCCCGCCUAAACAGGGUCACAACAGAGGCUCAGCCUGCAGUGAAGACAGACACCCAGUCGCCUGUUUUAAAACAAAAUGAGAGCAAAGAAGAGGCUGUAGAUCUGAGCACGAAGAACCACACCGUCCCUGCUUCUCUCUCAAAUGCAGAAGACAUUAUACUGGUCCUGAAGCCCAUAAUGUCUCCACCUGCCACAAAGAAAGAACUCUAUGUCCCCUGUUUAAGAGGCAAGCAUGCCCUUGGUGAGCUUGUUCUUGUCCAAAAACGUCCACUCGUGGAACCUAAGGAAGAAAAUCACACCGUCAGUUUAGCCCCUAAGUUGCAGGAAGGCUUCAAAGAAAUGCCUAAAGCAGUACCCAUAACUCCUACGGCCUCAAUGUCUAUGCCGACAUCAUUACCCAGGAACCGCAAGAGAAGGAAGAGGAUGAAGAGACGUUGGGCAAAUUCCCACAGAAGAUUUUGGAAAACCGCUGCCCCUCCCACAGUAGUCCACAGCCCAUCGCUGACUGUCUCUUUGCAACCAGAGCUGGAUGAUGUAGAGGGCUUGCUGUUUGUGUCAUUCACCUCAAAGGAAGCUCUUGACGUUCAUGUCAGGAACAAGCCAGCCAAUAGCCCAGCAUCAGUAUCUCCAGGUUCCCUGACGACUCAGAAGCAACUGAAGCAAACAGCUGAGGUGAUGCCAGAGACUGAUGAGGAGAAGAUAGCCCGCUCGGAGGCUGUCCUGCUGCAGGACCUCAGACUUCUCAAGCACAGACAGGUCAUCCAUCCUGUGCUGCAGGCAGUGGGCUUGAAGUUGAGCUCUGUAGACGCCACUAAGUCCAUUGACCUGCAGUAUCUGGGGGUUCAUCUGCCACUGCCUCCAGCCAACCUGCCAGAACAAGGCAAUGCCACGGCUCUGUCUCUUGGCGAUAAGGGAUUACCCUUCAUCUCCAGGACAGGGAAGACAAGCGACAUGACAAAAAUAAAAGGAUGGAAAAACAAGUUCAUAAAAAGCAAAGAAACGUCUCCUUCUAACUGUGAUGGAUUACAGAAGAACCUAUCUGCCUUCUGCAGCAACAUGUUGGAUGAGUACUUGGAAAGCGAAGCUCAGCAAAUCAGUGAGCGGGCUGCUGCCUUCUCCACAAACCCAGAGGGCUCAGUGGCCUAUCAGCUGCCCGCUAAAAGCUCCAGCUACGUGAAGACCCUGGACAGCGUACUCAAGCAUCGAAACGCUGCUUCCAAAUUCCCAGUGGGGGCCAAUAGACCUUGUCCCCUUUCCCACAAACCCCUCCUCUACUCGGCCCUGACAUCACCGGCUCCUCCCCUGGCCAGCCCUGCAACCCCUGUUCAAGCAGAGGCUCAGUCCAUGCAGCAGUCAGCAUCUUCACUUACGCGGCCGGGAGCUUCAUGGACAAUUGAUGCAAAUGGUGCUUUGGGGUCUAGUUACAAUAGUGCUGUUUCACAGAGAUCAUCUACUCACCACCCAGGGGUCAACCCGAGACCAGCAAUGAGCUUUGGGCAGAACCAAGGGACGGCACACAAACCUUCAGGCCUCUAUAAGUUCCAGUGCAAACUGUUUCAGAUGGAGACUGGAGCCCUGAACCAGGGUCUGAACAGAACACAGCUGACCCCAGACAGACUGUCUGUGGCUCUGUCUGUAAUCCUGACAAAAGAGAUGCAGCCCAAGCAUAUCUCGAAGGUGUUACAGUAUCCUAACUAUAAAGCUAGUACACCUGAAUGUGGCCAGGAGUUCUGCAGACUGGGCUGUGUGUGUUCCAGUCUCCAUCAUGUGAACAGAGGUCCUCUCCACUGCCGGCGGCCUGAAUGCAUGUUUGGCUGUGCCUGCUUCAAACGUAAGAUCACAAAGCAGAUUUCCGUGGGAGAGAGUGAACAACAAGGCCAACCUUUGUACUCCAUGACUAAUACAGAACAUGCGGUCCAGCCUCGCCCGGGCUCCCAUGCAAAAAAACUGUGGAACUACAACAUUCAUGAUGUGGAUCCAGAGCCGCUCUCGGUCCCCAAAAUUCCUCAGUGUUUUGUCCCGCCGAAGGCCCUAAAACACAACAGCGUGCCACGUCCAACGCCACCGAUACGAGAGGAGGACAAGGAUCCAGUGUAUAGAUACUUGGAGAGCAUGAUGACAUGUGCACGUGUUAGAGAGUUCAACAGCAAGCCUCCUCCUGAAGUUACCAUAGAGCCAAAGAUCCUUGAGCUGCAGAAGACGACCACUGACAACCUGCCGAGACACUACCACGGUACUAUAAAGACUCUUAAUAAAGCAGCAGAGAAGACCUGUCAGGAAUCCACAGCCAGUGAAACAGAAGCAAGGAAGCAAAUUCAGAUCCAGUCAGCAUGUCAGUGGGACAAGGACCACAAAAUGGUCCUGGAAGCUUUAUGUCAACGCAUGAAUCAGAAUAGGCUGUCUCAGCGUUUCUCCAUUGGACCCUACCGCAUCUGCCCAGUUGCCAAGAUCUUCAUGCAGAAGCCAAGCGGCUCCAUCGUCACCUACAGGGUACGCAUCAGUAAACCAUCAAAAGCCAGUGAUGACGAGGACGAAGAAUUCGAUGACAGCGAUGAGGAAAAUCUUGCCAAUGAAAGCCUUGAUGAAGGCAUCAACACAGAGGAGGAGGAAGAUGGUCAAACUGAACAGUCAGAGAUGCAGUUUGGAGUCACACCCUUCCUGGGUGGAGUUUUACCUGCCGGCAGACUGAGAGCCAGGACCAAACCUGUUGGUUGCCAAGCAUAUGGACUAAUACAGGUAAAUGGCAAAUCCUACAAUCAGGCCAGACUGUUGCUGGGGAACAUGGGAUCUCUGCAUCCAGCUAACCGCCUCGCAGCUUAUGUCACAGGCCGACUGCACACUCCCGUCGACGUUUCUCGUAAAGACGCUCAGAAACCAGACCCUACGAAGAAAAACAACACUCCGGGUACUCUGCACACAAAAGCUGCAGGCACAGUAGUCCCUUCAAUUAUCACUGCAAGGAGAACCACGGUUUCGAAGACACCACCAGUUCAAUUCCAGCCCGACUCUCAGAGAAAAGGAUCCAUCACCUUGCCGCAGCGUUCACAAAACUCCUCCACCAUUAGCUCCAUCCAGUCAUUUGUCUCGAGCCAGCGCAGCUCGGUCAGUCCCUUCCAGAGCAGCUCCACGUCCUCGCCUGUCUCUCUCACCGUCUCCCCCUCACUGAAAACCCCCAGCUUCCUGGGACAGAGCGGGACCUAUUCAUUCCGGAUCUUCCCUCCAGCCAACCAGAGCACCAGAAACCAGAAGCUACCAGGAGUUACCUUACCAGGGGGCUUCACCCUCAUUCAGCUCCCAAAGCACGGAGCUGAUAGAGCUACGCAACAAUCAGAAACUGUAAACACUACAAAAAUGGCCAGUAUGGAUAAAGCCCCACCACAAGCAGCUGUUCUGGAUGCAAAUUUGCCAGGUUUGGACACUCUUAAUGAAGGUAAAGACCAAUCAAGCAGCAGAUCGGUGGAGCCUGGCUCCUCACCUGAGCUAACGUGUGACGAGAAGAUGCCUUCAGAUGAGAGUGAUGAAGCCAAUGGCAAGCAGGUGGAGCCAAACCUGGAUAUCACUUCAGAAGGCUUAAGCUCCGACUCCUCAGACUACUGUGGGGCGGGUGACGAAGAUGAGGAGUCAGUGGACGUUGAGACUGUAGAGGAAGUAAAACAAGAAAUGGCCAUCGCAAAAAUGAAGGAAGCCAUUAUGAAGGCAUUACGGGAGUCACGUGAUUCCAGUGAUGAUUUUGGAUCAGCGAGGGAACUCAACAUCCAGGACACUGAACACAAUGAAUCUAAGGACAAGAGGCGAAAGAACCACACAGUGCUAGAAAGGCAAAGGCGCUCUGAACAGCGGGACCUCUUCGACAAACUCCAGACUGUCCUUCACAGUGACCCCAGGGCCCCCAGGCUCCGUCUCCUCUCACUGGCUCUAAAGGAAAUCCAGAACCUGGUUCAGACCUCCAAAUGUCUGGAGGAGGAGAAGAAGAGCCUGACUCAGAUGCAGUCUGUCUAUUUGAAGGAGCUUUCGCUUUUGUCUGGGAAGUCAGAGGUGCAGAUUAAACACAAGCUGAGAGACAUCUUCAAGAGGCAGAAAAUGAGAGAGAAGACAAUGAACUGGAGGCCUUUCUUUUCCCACCUGCUCGAGUCCAAAGCUGCUCUCGUGCAACUCACCACUCCCCAGUCCAAGUCUGAGAACCAGCAGGAGGCACCUGGAACCUCAUCCACAUCCCCAUUGCCUAAUGCCCAAAGCUCCACUGCUUGCGCUCCACAGCCCUUUGCUCUUCCUCUGUUUCGCUCUAAGACUGGCAGAAUCAUACUUCCCUCAUCUCUCAGACCAACCGGUCAAGGCUUCUAUACACUCAUGCUUGUGAAAGCCAAUCAGAAGGAAGAGGGUAAGGUUAGUAUUUCAGCUAAUUUGCAGAAUAACCAGGCGAAGGGAUUCUCUGCACCUGCCCACCCUUCAGGCACAGAACACAGGAAGGUUUUGGAGGAGGACAAAACUGCGUCUUCAGAUUCUGAUCCAAAGCCCCCGGCUGAGCAUGCUCUCCUUAACAAAUCAAUCCAUGUGCCUUCAGGGACUGUGAAAGCUGAGGAGAACAGCCAGGAGGGGGGCACAGUGGGGGGUUUGAACAAAACACUGGAAGCUGUGCAUCAUAGACGUAGUUCUGUCAAGGGAGAGACCGACCCUAACCCACCUGUAGUCCACCAUCGCAGGGGCAGGCUUCGGAAGAACCCUGCCCCCCCUGUUGGUGAAAAGGAAAAACUUACUGUGGUAGAAGAGACCAAGAAAAGUCUUAGUGAAAGUGAAAUAUCUGUUGUGAUUGAAAAGGAACAAGCUAAGGUCACCCCAGGAAUGGUCAGUGAUGUAGCAGAUAACCCUGUACCGGUGAAAAGAGGCAGAGGAAGGCCUCCGAAGAAGAAGAAGAAGUUAGCACACCUGUGGAGUCCAGUUGCACGAGGAGGAAGUAGCCCAUCUAAAUCCAACGAGGACAGCCCUGUCAGAAUGUCUCUCCGUUUUAAAAGCCCUGACAUUAAACCCAAGGCGAGCCCUGCAGCACCCACCUCGGUUGGAGGUAUAAAUGCAUCACGGCCAUUAACGCGAGGUGCUUUAGGUAAGGACUUCCCCAGUGCCAAGAAACGCUCCUGGAUCGAUAUAGAAAAGGAACUGGAACCAGAGCCGGAAUUUGAAUAGUUCUCUUAUCUUCCUGUAGCUACAGAAAACCAAUGCACAAGGUCAUUUAACCUCAGUUAGUCUCACACUGAAACCUCAAACCUCUCUGAGGCAGCUCCCUCUGUCCUAGCAUCGUCCACCCAGUCUUACUUAUUCAGAGGAGCUUCUUUCUCCUGCUUCUCUGUUUGUUAGUUAGUGUGAACGAGUUGCAUAGGUCAUUGAACGCCUCACCAAAUGUGCCUGUGUGUAAAUCCAAAGGACCAGAGACACCGUUAACACUUGAUGCUGCUCUUUUCUCUAUAUGUUCUCAGUGGACUUCUUUCAUACUAUAGAGACAGGCUGUUUUCUGGUAUAAAGAAUAUAAGAGAAAGCAUUAAGUUACCUGCUGAAUGUAUGAAUGAAAUUAAUGGUAACUCCCGCAAUAAUCUUUUGAUGUUCUCUAAGGUACAGUUCCUCUAUGAAUGUCACCUACACGUUUAUUUCUCAUCAAAAACAUAUUAAGAUUUAUUCAAAUGAUGCUUUUGUUGAAGUCAUUUAUUACUAAUCUAUCUUAUGCAAAUGAUAAUAAGACUGUACAGGUUACAUAAAUUCAAUAUGGUAAGCCUUACAGUGUAAUUUAAAUAUCUGUAUCCUUAAUAGGAUCAGGCAAUAACACUGCAUCAUUAACUGUGUGAAAUGUAAAUGUUAACAUACGUCUUUUCCGUUUUUCCUAAGACCUGGGUUGAUGCAUAUUUCCUCUUUAGAUUUGUUUUUGUCACUAACUCGGUGAAAAUCAUCUGUAGUAGCACUUUAUUCAUUUUUUCAUCAUAUAAAUAUCUGGUUUGUAUAGUAGCAGUAAUGGAUCUGUAUUUUGGGGAGUUAGUUCAUUAAUAUGCAUAAGCCUGAUGUGUCACGAGCAAUCAAGAUAAAAGCUAUUAGCCAUGGACUGUAUCUAUAAAAAAAAUAUAGCUGUAAAUAUUGUAUUUCUUUUUUAAUUGCAGUAUAUUUUUCCCAUGGAUGAUUUUUGAAACACUGGUUGUCCUGUUACUUCUGUUAAGUUGAAAAUGUGAAAAAUCACGUGGCCUUUAAAAUCAAUAAAAUGUAUAUGCAUUUAUCAUGGCACACUGUUCCUCUACAACAACAACAGUUACCUUG